UAGCACAGCUCAGUUAGUGUUAUUUCGGCAGCAGAACAAGCCGGUUCAGUUGUUGGAGAAGACGACUCAUUCACUGAUGAUCGCGAUGCGGAAGACACCACUUCUGUUGAUGGUGCUGUUAAUGGCCACGGGGCCGAUCAAAGCAGAUCCCGUGCAGUCUGGUGAAGUCGCAACGAUCGGGCAGGACAUGCGCACGCUGCUGGACGACGUGAAGUCUCAUCUGAACCGUUUCAAUUCCCACUACCUGAUCAAUCUGGAGCAGCGGAUCGUGUCGCUGCUGACCACGAUGACGAGCCUGGAUGCGAACGUGAAGACGCUGCAGGAAAAGUCUCAAGUUUGGGACGUCUUCCAGCACCACAUAGGGGCGUGGAGCGAACAUAUCAAGUCCGUGGACAACAAGCUCGAAAUAUUGAGGAAGACGCACGAAACACCUUCCCCGACGCUCGAGACGCGUCUCUCCAGUCUGGACUUUAAGGUCCAGCACAUCUUCGAGAAGGUCGACGUGAUCAACGAAAAGCUGCACGAUAUCACCAAAACCGUCUACGCCCUGUCGAGCAGCAGCGCAAACAAUCGAGGACGGCGCAACGACCGGUUGGAGUCUGCUGCUGCCGCCGAGCAGGCCGCAAUCCUUACGAAAAUCGGCCACCUUCAAAAGCAAAUCAAUCGCAUCGAGAGCAACGGGAAUGGUUGCCAGAGCAAAGCGAACGGACAGCAGCAGCAGCAGCAGGGAAACGGUCGCACAGGCGCGACGGCCAAGUUUCGAAAGGACACCUCCGACUCGGACGAAGAGAUGGAUGACUUUCUCGACAAGCUGACGACGAAAAAGUUGCGCGAAAUGGUGUCCAACCGCAAGCAGUGCCGUUCGUUAGACGUGCUCACGAGCUUGGUGCGAUCGGUCGAGGAUCGCACGGUACGCAUCUACGACCUGGAGGCGAACCAGUUCGAGCAGAUACUGUCCUGCUGCCAGCGGACGAACAACGAGGUAACGACCUUCACCAACAGUGCGGACAUUCUGCUGAAGCGCAUCGAGCACCUGGUGCUGGACGUUGACCGGAAGGUGGAGAAGCGAAACAAUCUGUACUGUGACAGGCAGGCGCAUGUGGAGGAAGGGAAGCCUCCCGAACAGCCUGCCAGUAAAGUGAAUGCAACACGGAAGGAGAGUGUCGACGACAGCUUGCCCGAUGUCGAUAUUGGAAGUGGUAGCGAGGAAUCGAUGGCCGAUGCCACCGUCAUAAGCUCGGGCGCGAUCGAUCAGCACGAGGAGAUCAGCUUCCACCAUCCGGACAAGGAUGGGUGUCAUCAGCUGCUGAAGCGUUUCAGCGGUGUGUACACCUUCGCGGAGGUUGAGCUGAACGAGGCGCGGCGGGAUUUCAACCGCCGGUACUGUGAGUUUGCAACGGGCGGGCCCGCGUGGACAGUGGUGCAGCGGCGCAAUUGGUACGACUUGCAGGAGAACUUCAACCGCUCCUGGAACGAGUACAAGUACGGGUUUGGUGAUCUUGGGUACGAGUUUUGGUUGGGAAAUGAUUUCAUCCACAGAUUGAGCUACGACGACAAUGUGGAGCUGCGGAUCGAGUUGGAAGACUUUGAAGGACAGCGAGCGUACGCCGGCUAUGGCACGUUCCGCAUGGAGUCGGAAAAGUUUAACUACAAUCUGAUGGUGGCGGACUACCACGGCAAUGCGUCGGACGCGUUAGCUUACCAUAACGAUCAUGAUUUCAGUACGUACGAUCGUGCGAACGAUAAAUCGAAUGGAGGUUUCCCGUGUGCUCUUACGUUUGGCAGUGGCUGGUGGUUUAACAGCUGUGCAGAGUCCAACCUGAACGGGAAGUACUAUCUGGAGCAUCCACGCAGCCACAAAUCCACCGGCAUUCUGUGGGAAUCAUGGUUGGGAGAUUAUUCGCUCAAGGCGGCAAAGAUGAUGAUACGCCCGAAAGACACGUGGACUAGGGAUGAGGAGCAAUCGGAGAACGACACUCCCGUGGAUCCGUAAAAUGAGUGUAACCACUAGCAACUGCUGCCGGUGAGUAGCAUAGGUUGCACAUAAAAUAUACUAUUAUAAUGUUUAUAUUAUUUUUUACCAAAAUUGAGCGAAUAUUCAAGAUAUAACAAAUAUAAUCUCUAUCCCAAAAGGCUUCAUAGUCCUAACGUCAUAAGGAAACAUGGGUGAGAACUCUGAGUUUAUA